AUGAAUUUAUUUCAUCAUAGGAAGAACUCUUUUAUCUUACAAAUCUUCCUUCUUCACUUUCCACUGCAACUUCUUCUUCUUCGUCUAUAUAACCGUGUUUUAUUUUCUGUAUCUUUUUUGCUUUCCUCUUUCCUUUUUCAUAUUUCGCUUUAUUUGCUUCUUCUUUAUUCUUUCUUCUUUCUCUCUUUCUUUUUCAUUUUCUUUAUCUUCUUUUACGUUUUUUUCCGUUUAUCUUCUCUCAUAUAUUCGUUUUCCUUUUAUUUACAUCUCGUCUUCUUACUCACAUUGAUUUUAAUAUUAUUUCUUCUUCUUCUUCUUCUUCUUCUUCUUCUUCUUCUUCUUGUCGUUGUUCUUUUUCCUCUUCUCGUUCAUCUGUUUCCUCCUCCUCCCCCUUCCGUUCUUGUUCCUUUGCUUCUUCUUGUUCCUUUGCUUUUCUUUUUUCUUUUCACAUUUCGCCUUAUCUACUUCCUCUUUUUUCUUUCUUCUUCUUAUUUUUCUUCUUCUUUCUCUCUCACUUUUAAUUUUCUUUAUCUUCUUCUACUUCUACUUCUACUGCUAUCUCGUUUCUAUACACCUGAUCUUCAUACUCACACUCAUUCUUUGUUUUCUUUAUUCAACUUUACAUCAUUACUUUCCUUGCCUUUAAUAUACUCACUAGCUUCUUUUUUGUCUUCUUCCUCUUCUUCUAAUACUUACUAUUUCUUUCUUUCUUUUGUUUAUGUGAAAAAUUCUUUCUCUCACUCUUUUUCUUUUACUCUAUUUCUUUUUCGCCCUUUUCUUAUCAUUUUUCACCUCAUUCUUUCUUUUUUAAUCUUUUUUUUUCGUUUGUCUCUUCUUCUUCUUCCUCUUCUUCUUUUCUUUCUUUCUUGUACAUUUUACAUAAACUUUUAUUUCAAUCGUUUAUUAUUUUCUCCGCUUUUCUUUCUUUCUUUCUUUCUUUCUUUCUUUCUUUCUUUCUGCACUCCAUACACUCAUUUUUCUAAUAUUCUUACUUCUUCGACAUAUUUUUUCAUUUUUUCUUUGCCUUUUCUUUCUUUGUUUCUUUCUUCUUUCUUUCUUUCUUUGUUUCUUUCUUCUUUCCUUCUUUCUUUGUUUCUUUCUUCUUUCUGGACCAAUUUUACAUACCUGCUAUUUGAUUUUUUAUUUUUAUUUUCGAUUCUUACCUUCUUCUUCUUCUUUUCUUCUUCUCCUCCUCCUCCUCCUAGUCUUAUUCUCCUUCUUUCGUAUGCUUUCUUUUUCAAUGUUCUUCCUAGUGUUCUCAAAAAUUAUCUUCCCUUGUUUUUACCAUCGUUUCAACACUCUUCUUCCUCUUUUUAUACUCCCUUUCUUUCUUUCUUUCUUUCUUUCUUUCUUUCUUUCUUUCUUUCUUUCUUUCUCCCUCCCUCGCUUGCUUGCUUGUUUUCUUCUACUAAUUCUCACAUUUCAUGUUAUUUUUUUUUAUCUAAGCAUUUCUUUCUUUCUUUUUCUUUGCUUUCUAUUCAUCUCUUCUUCUUCUCUUUACUCCCCUCGUCCUCAUUUCUUUUCUUCUUUUUCUUUUUCUCUUUCGUUUUAAACAUUCUCAUUGAACUCUUUCAUAUACUUCUUGCAGCUCGACAACUAUUGCAUCUCCCCCCCCCAUUUCUUUACAUCUAUUUUCGCCAUUUUUUAUCUCUGUUUCUUUUUCCACAUCUUUAUUUUCUUUCUUCGCUUUUGAUCUAUCUAUCUAUCUAUCUAUCUAUCUAUCUAUCUAUCUAUAACCUUAAUCUGUUUCAUCUAUCUAUCUAUCUAUCUAUCUAA